AUGUAGAAUGCUAAAGUCUAGAAAUGUUUUGGGGUGUAUUCCGAAAUAAUUAAUAGUUAGGUGGUUCUUUUGAAAUUUCUUAAUGAUUAUUGUAUAAUGCUGUCAAGAUGACGUGGAGACCCAUGGGAUGACGAAGUUUUCACUGGCACGAUCCAUUCUUCAUCGAUUCAAACUCUUGGAUUGAUUUCAGAGAUCAAAAGAUAACACUUUCUCAGAUCUUAAAUUUGUUUGAAUUCCUGCUCUUAAAGGUUUUUGAUUGUGCAAUUUUUUCGGUAACAAUGGCUUCCUUGGAGAUGAAUGACCUAAAAAAGAUAGGGCUAGGUUUGACUGGAUUUGGUGUGUUCUUUACAUUCCUGGGAGUGAUAUUUGUGUUUGACAAGGGACUCAUAGCCAUGGGGAACAUCCUCUUCUUAGCUGGUGUGACUCUAACCAUUGGAAUCAACCCAGCAAUCCAAUUCUUUACUAAACGGCAGAAUUUUAAGGGUACUAUAUCAUUUGGAUUGGGUUUCUUGUUGGUUGUGUUUGGAUGGCCUAUUUUCGGUUUGCUUCUUGAAUCAUAUGGGUUCCUUGUGCUCUUCAGUGGUUUCUGGCCUACACUUGCCGUCUUCCUUCAAAGGAUACCUCUAUUAGGCUGGCUUUUGCAGCAACCAUACAUCAGAUCGUUGCUGGAUCGCUACCGUGGAAGGCGUGUCCCUGUCUAAACCUUCUUUGCCUUUCUUUCUUUCUUUUUGUGUGCGAAUUGACCACUAUCCAAUUAUGAAGCUUAACAUGGCAUUUAGAGUUCUUAACACUCUCUAGUCUCUUGUAUCAUAUUUGACAUAAUUGGACUGUACAAAAACAAAUACCUUUUGUAUUUUAUUUUAAAUUUACAAAAUUUUACAUAUAUGUAAUUAGAAACCUGAUUUAGCAAAUUAGAGCAAUCAGAAACAUUCAUGAAUGCCA